GGCUCUAUUUUUACUUUCAAUUUCAAUUUCAUUCCAAACGGGAAAUAAGGUAGGAAAGUUCUCUUUGUUCUUCUGCCAGCGAAGAGGUUCCAACGCACCGCCCCGGACUCCGAAAGAGCUUCCAAGAAUUGGGGCACAAGAAUCUUCCGGAAGCCAAGUCAAUCAAAACAUACCCACUCAAUUAACCUUUUGGUCUAGAAGAUUCUUGUGCCGUGUUUAUCUAUCUCAAUUCGAUCGGGAAUGUUGAAUUGACUAUUUAUUCGUUACACUCGAUUUUAUAGCGUCCUUUCCAAUUUCGCUUUCACGAGGGAUCUUGGAAGGAAGUCUCCUUCCAGAUAAGGAUCUUGGAGAUUUCUUUAAUUUGAGGUGCUCUUGGAGCUGUUGUUAUGGAUGCCUGUGAGAUUGUUCGUUGCAUUAAUUGGCGGGGAGAUUAGGGUUUUGAGAGCUUCAUAAAAAGUCCUUGCAUCUGUUUGAUGUAUCUGGUUAUAAUCAAAGAGGGUGAUAGGUUUGUGAACCAACGGUCAUUGAUUUCGCCGGGUGUUCUCAGGCCAUUGGAUUUGAAGUUGGAGCAGAAAGUGUUUCGGGGUUGGAUCUCAAUACACAAGUGGAACAAGGAGUUCUAUAUACUGCCCGGAGGAUAAUUGGGUCAACCCAGACCUGUUGGGUUUGCAUAAUACUCCGUAAUAAUUUUACCUGAAGAUGGAGUCAACCCAAGAUUCAACUUUGUCAACUAAUGUAGCGGGUUUGGUAGAAGGGACUUCUUCUAGUGGAAGAGUGGUUUAUUAUAUUGAUUCUCUACCCAUAUAUGCUAAGGAGUUAAUUGCCGGAGGUGCUGCUGGUGCGUUCGCUAAAACUUCUGUUGCGCCCUUGGAACGUGUUAAAAUACUUCUUCAGACAAGAACAGAAGGAUACCGGUCCCUCGGAGUCUCCCAAUCCCUUAAAAAGCUAUGGAAGCAAGAAAGUUUUAUGGGAUUUUACAAGGGAAACGGAGCAAGUGUUCUUCGGAUUGUUCCAUAUGCUGCCUUGCAUUUUAUGACAUACGAGCGGUACCGAAGUUGGAUAUUGGACAACUAUUCGGUAUUAGGAACGGGGCCCAUUGUGGACCUCUUGGCUGGUUCGGUAGCAGGAGGGACUGCAGUGUUAUGUACUUAUCCCUUGGAUUUGGCUCGCACUAAAUUGGCUUACCAGAUUGUGGACAGAAGUGUAGACAAUGAAAUGAGAGGUCCUCGUACUCAACCUGCUGCGUACAACGGCAUAAAACAUGUUUUCCAGUCUGUUUAUAGAGAGAGUGGGGUCCGUGCACUCUACCGUGGUGUAGGCCCCACGCUGUUCGGGAUUCUUCCAUAUGCUGGAUUGAAGUUUUACAUUUAUGAGGAGCUUAAGAGUCGGGUGCCAGAAGAGUAUGAGAAAUCCAUUAUGAUGCGUCUUUCUUGUGGAGCUCUUGCUGGUCUCUUUGGUCAGACUUUCACUUAUCCUUUGGAUGUCAUUAGGCGGCAGAUGCAGGUGGAACAAGGGAAGGGAGGUAAAUAUGGCAGCACAAGGGAGGGGUUUCGGGUCAUUGUUCGUGAGCAGGGCUGGAGACAGUUGUUUGCUGGUCUCAGCAUUAAUUAUAUCAAGAUCGUUCCAUCUGUGGCAAUUGGCUUCACCGCCUAUGAUGUCAUGAAGGCCUGGCUUCGCAUCCCCCCUCGCCAUCGUAAAGAAAAAUCUGUGCCUUAGAUACAUAUACAUAUACAUAUAUAUAGAGAGAGAGAAAACUUCAUGUCCAGCCGGC